UUUGGAGCUUCUGCGCUGAGGACGCACACUAUACGGAGGAGAUACUUGGAACGCAGAUCAGUCGACUCAGUCACUGUACAUUGGUCAUUCCAACCCAGGCAAUCUUAGUUUUCUGCUGUUUGCGGUUUCCUCCCCUGAUCUGCAGCGGCACCACGCACCCUCCUGCCCACAGACACAAUGUCGGAGCUUUCAGUGAAUGAGCACCUCGAGGGGAUUUUAUCAGAUUUCGAAGCACUGAAGAGAUCCUUUGAGAUCGAAGAAGUGGAUGACAUACCACCCUUCUCCUCAGCUUCCCCUAUCUCCUCACCCAUUUCUCACCCUUCCUCGCAUUUCUUCCUUAACCACAAUAAAGCAACUGAGGGGAAAAGUGGAGAUGGCCAGUCCUCUUCAUUAGCCUUCAACAACAAUACCUUAGACUCUACAGCCCACCACUCCUGCACAAGCCUGAAUUCCCAUCCCAGCCCUGUUCUCAAGUCUCGUACAGUAGUUAACAGCUUCUCCUUCAACCGAGGAACAAUGAACAAGCCUGCCGUCCACCAUAAUGGCUCCUCUGUGGCCAGAGCCUCAUCCUUCCAGAGCAAGUUAAAUCCUAAAAGCUACUCCAUGUUUUCUGGGCCCGGCAGUGACAAUGACAGCCUUCACAGCUCCUCGUCCAGCCUGGAGUACUCUGGGGGUGGUGGGGUUGCCGUGCCUCUGAACAAACUUGGGUCAUAUCCUAGCCCUCCACCUCAGGGAGGGUACCAUCAAACCCAACCCCCACAACAGCAACUAGGUGGAGUGGCCAAUUUGGUAAGCAACUAUAGAAUGAAGAAGUUCUCCUCCCAUGGGAGUGUUUUCCACACCGAGAUGGACCGUGGGUCAGGGAUGAUGCUGGGUAUUCCACAUCCUCGGGGGAUGAACCUUGGCUCCAUGCCGACCCUAGACGUCCAAAUUUGUGAUGGAAGAGGAGGAGAUGGAAUGGUGGCUGGAGGCAGGGUGUCUCUAGGGUUGAGUAAUGCCAAUGCAAAUGCCAACUGGAAUGGUCAUUGUCAUAAUGACACUUCUGUUGUUGUCCCCAAGGUCCUCAAGUCUCCACAGCCUAAGGUCAAAGAGAUCCCGCGUCUCAACAAGUUUCCCCUGGAUUUGGACAGCUUGGUAAGCAGCACCUCCAUAUCUCCUGCCAAGGCUCAAGCACGAUCCAUGAACCCCAAACCUACUCUUAGGAGUAAAGGGGGCAUCCCCCACCACACCAGCCCUCCACCCACUUCAGCCAGCCCUUCAGCCUCUCUCAACAGUCUGGACAGUACUUCUGACACUCUGCCUGUAUCCCAGCACAAUCCCCUAUUGCUUUUCUCCCCAUGUUAUCCAAAACCUUUACGGGGCUCAGUUCCCGACCGAGAGAUGAGUUGCUCUCGAGUGCCCCUCAUGCCAAGCCAGAGCCUGAAGCUUGAGGUUAUCACAGGGCCCCAACCUGUUCAGAUGGUCGCCAUCCUACCUAGCCCCUACAGCUCGUCAAGCCCCUCCAGCCCAAGAGCCACUCAGUCUUUGGAGGAUUGUGCAGGUGAUACCAGAGAUAUUGUUGGCUCAAUCCUACAGAGGAUCGCUUCCUUCUCUCAGCCUACAGCCACUGACACUACGCAAGCAACGGUGACCCAGCUCACUACAGGCCCAGGCAAUGGUUGGUUGUCAUCUACAAUCGGUUGCCCUGAUGUUACCAUGCCAAUGCCCUCUAGGAAAAACUGGAAGAAGAAUCAUGAAGACACUGCUGAAAAGCUGGAGACACCGCCGCCCACCCCAAUGGAGGAGAGAGUGGAGGAAGAGGGAGGCAUCAUGGGACAAGAGCAAAAAGAUGAGGACAAGAAUGAUGAACAACCCGCCAGCAUGACUACCCAGAAUUCCAUGACAGAAAAACAGGAGAACAGUUUGAAGGUUUGCCCAGUGGUGGAGGAGAAGGGGAAGGAGAAGGGAAUGAAGGAGGGAGAGAUGAAGAAAGAAAUGGAGCUGGAAAUAGAGUUCGAUGGGGAGCUCUGCCAGUCAUUGCCUGGCCAGCCGAUUAGCUUCAUCCGAGGCGCUGACCUGUUUGGAUACGUGGGCAUUGAGGCAGUACUGGACCAGAUGAGGCGCAAGACUAUGAAGGCUGGUUUUGAGUUCAACAUCAUGGUAGUUGGUCAGAGUGGUUUGGGGAAGUCCACACUUGUCAACACUCUAUUCAAGUCCAAAGUCAGUCGAAAGUCCUGCAUGCCCAACUACGCAGAGGAGAUCUCCAAAACAGUCAAACUGCAUUCAGUCAGCCAUGUGAUUGAGGAGAAGGGAGUGAAAAUGAAGCUGACAGUGAUUGACACUCCAGGAUUUGGGGACCAGAUUAAUAAUGAGAACUGCUGGGAGCCCAUAGUGAAGUACGUCAAUGAGCAGUAUGAGAAAUACCUAAGAGAGGAGCUGCAUGUGAACCGCAAGACGAGAAUACCUGACACCAGAGUCCACUGCUGCAUCUACUUCCUCCCUGCCACCGGACACAGGUUACGCCCCAUCGAUGUUGAGUUCAUGAAAAGGUUGGGGAAGAUAGUGAGCAUCGUACCUGUCAUUGCCAAAGCUGACACACUCACAAUUGAGGAGAGACUGGAGUUCAAAGAGAGGAUCAGGCAAGAUUUGUUAGGCAAUGGGAUUCAGGUUUACCCCCAAAAAGAGUACGAUGAAGAUCUAGAGGUCCACAUCAUCAACGACAGGAUCAGGGAAAGCAUUCCCUUUGCUGUGGUGGGAACCGACAAGGAGCACCAGGUGAAUGGAAACACAGUGCUGGGCCGUAAAACAAAGUGGGGAAUCAUUGAAGUUGAGAAUGUUGCACACUGCGAGUUUGCCAACCUGAGAGAUCUACUUAUCAGGUCUCAUCUGCAAGACCUGAAAGAGGUGACGCACAACAUCCACUAUGAGACCUACCGUGUACGACGGCUCAACGAGAGCAACAUGAACUUCAGCGAAAUGGGACUGUCCACCAGGCCACUGGAGAAUGGAACUGCGGACAAAUGUGAAUCAGAGAGUCACCUCUAAUCUCUCUGUCGUCUCUGCUGAUGCUCCGACACAUAAAAAAUAAGAUGCAGAAACAAUUUUUUUCAAAUAUGUUUUUCCUUUUCUCAUCAUGGGACCAACUUGUUCAUUGUUUUUAAAUGAGAUAUUCUAUUACACAAGACAUCAAAUAUGAUUAUAUUUUUCAAUGUGCGCUUAUAUGUAUUUGCUGGAAGGAUGGAGACAGGGCAAGGGAGAGCAGGCAGAAGAAGAUGGCACAAUAAGAGGGAACAUAGAUCUAAAUCUGCCAGCUGUAUUAAAUUUGAGCAGACCUUAUCACCUAAUGUCAGCAUUGGACCUCACUAAGGUCUUCCUUUUGACUUAACAUAUUACCUUAAGUACUCUUGAAUUGACGUACUCAAAACUUGUGAGAAUCAAGUCAACCCAAGUGCUGUGGAGAAGUGGAUGAUGUGUCCCUGGUUUAAGUUGCUUUUAUAACAAGAUAGCUGCCAUGUAUUCCCUAUUAAAGUGCCAAAACAACUGCUUGAUUGAAGUUGUUAUCCUCUAACUCAUUUUAAAAUCUUUUUGUAACAUUUGUAAUGCAGAAAGAAUAAAACAAGUCUUUAUGUCA